GUGAAGCAAAAUCUGAGAGAGUAAUUUUGUUGAAAGCAUGUCUCUUUGUGGGAAGUUUGUGAGUGAAUUAGAAAUAAAUGCUCCUGCUGAGAAAUACUACAAAAUCUUCAAAGAUCAAGCUUUUCAUGUUCCCAAUAUUUCCCCAAAUAUUAUCCAACAAAUUCAAGUUCAUGAAGGUGAUUGGGACAGUCAUGGUCAUGGUUCCAUCAAGAUCUGGAAUUAUACCAUCGAUGGUAAGACGGAGGUUUUCAAAGAGCGAGUGGAAUUUGAUGAUGAGAAAUUUGCAGUAACUCUAGUUGGACUGGAAGGAGAUGUGUUCAACCAUUACAAAACUUUUAAGGGAAUAUAUCAAGUUGUACCGAAGGAUCCCGAGCAUAGCUUGGCAGUUUUGACUUUGGAAUAUGAGAAACUUGACGAUGGUUCUCCUUAUCCUUACAAGUACCUUGACCUCAUGAAUAAUAUUACCAAGGACAUCGAAUCCCACCUUAAAUAAAUAGCCUUUCAUGUCUCGAUUCGAGCGUUGUCGUCCAUCGCUUUCAUUUUGAUACGUCCUAUUUCAUAUGUUGUUUGAGAGUUGUGUCUUGCAUUUUGGAGUCAUCUUUCCAGGGGCUGAUAUAUGUGUCUGCUUAAUUAUUAUUGUGCUACUUAGGCUUGUGGGAUUUGUAAAAAAUAAAUAAUGACUCUCAUGUAAAACUAUGACGACGUUAGAUUAUUAUGCUUGCUUUAAUAUAAAAUAAGUUACAUUUGAAUAUGA